AUGGGACUCACGACAUUCACCCCCCGAGUAUCCCGACCAUACCCCAUCCUCCGCCGGGUAUGGCCCCGAAUAUCCAGAAAGGCGACGGCAUGGCUCUUACUCGUCGAAUUUAUCGGCCUAGUACCUAUUCUCGUCAUCUUCGGCCUCGCACAACCCGACAUGUAUAGAUCAGACAUGUGGGCAAUCGGGUUCGCAAACAAGCUCAAUUCAAACCCAAACAUGGUUCUCUAUGCAUACGCCAAUUAUCAGCCGUUGCCCAAGAUUCCUCUCAUCUGGUCACAAACUCUCACCGACUUCAACGUCGCCAUAUCCGUGACCUCGCUCUUUUUCCUUCUUGCCAAACUCAUCGCGGUUAUCAUGAAGGUUUGGUACCCAGUCAUUGCCGUCUUGGUCAACUGUUCCAUGGUGGCUCUCUACACGGUCAGUACCUACGGUCAAAUCGGACCAGAUUAUGCCGACCCUCGGUAUCCCGCCCCGGCGGCAUGGUACUUCCGACAAGGAUGCCAUCUGGCGCGGCAAUACGGUAAAUACAGAACAUGCCAGAUUGCCCAGGCAUCACUCUUUAUCACUCUCUACAUGCUCGUUGUCUAUCUUCUCAAUCUGGGGUUUGCGAUGACUGCCAUGUGGCCCAAUCCGCGGAAUGCCGGAGACGAGAACGAGGACGACCGAGGCUCCGACAGCUCUGACCCCAAGGAACAAAUCAACUGGGAGAUGCAUAGUUUCAAGUCACCCAUGUCGCCCCGCGAGACGCCGUUCACUCCCAGGACGCAAGCUUUCCGCACUCUCGAUCGGCAACUGCCUCCGCGGCAGCAAUGUUAG